AUUGUUACUUCUAUCUAACAACAACCAUAGCCAGCAAGAUGAGGAAGAUUAUGAAACAAAACAAAAUCGUAAUUGUCCUUAGCGGACGUUACGCCGGCCGCAAGGCUAUCGUUGUCAAGACCCUUGACGAUGGCACUCCCGAAAAGCCAUUCGGUCAUGCUCUUGUUGCUGGUAUCGAUAGAUACCCCCGCAAGGUCACCAAGUCCAUGGGCAAGACUAAGUUGAAGAAGAAGUCCAAGGUCAAGCCUUUCUUGAAGGUGUUGAACUACAACCAUUUGAUGCCCACCCGUUACUCGGCCAGUGAAAUCAGUUUCGAUAAGGUAUCGCCUAAGGAUCUUAAAGAUCCCAUCAAGAGGAAAACACACCGUUUCCAGACUCGUGUUAAAUUCGAAUCAUCCUACAAGGAGGGCAAGAACAAGUGGUUCUUCCAAAAGUUGCGCUUCUAAGUUGUGAUUUUAUAACCUCUGCAUUCUGAUGGCGGACUCGUCCUAUCUCGAGUGUGUUUGUGAAGUUUUUUUAAUUAAAUAACAACCAAACAACUAACACAUCAAUAUUUGUUGGAUAAUAAACAUAGUUUUAUAUGUUUUUUAUCAUAUGCUAUUAUAUAUUGCCCUGUGUAGAGGCACAUUUUGUAACGUAUUUUUUUUAAUGGAAAAUAAAUUAAAA